CCGGGAGGCUACUUGACUUGUUCGUUUCUUUGUAACUUGGCUUUCAGUGUGCACCAACUGCAAUGUCCAAGGCAGGGCCAAAGAAAAAGGAAUCCUCCUCCAGCAAAGUCUCUAUAUCCGACCGACAGACAGAAGCAGCAUCCCUAGCUGCCCCUUCCUUCGAGAGCCUAGGUGGUGUAUUGAGGUGCAGAUUCCCCAUUUGGCCUGAGUGGAACGAUGCAGAAGUCAGCAAGGAGAAAUGGGACUCAAGUGAAGGAGCUGAAGAUGGAAAGACAAGCAAGAGUCCCAGUGCUUCAUUUUUUGAAGAUCCUGUGGGAAAAAUUUCCCUUCCUCCAUCUUUGAAAGUGCACUCCUGGAAACGCCCUGCAGAGUUUAUUGUCAACAAGGGUCCCAUCGUUGUUGAAAAUCAAAUGACGUUUGACUUAAUCUCCCCCAAUGAUCAUCUGAUUUGCAGUGAGCUGAUGAGGUGGAUCAUCAGUGAGAUCUAUAUUGUUUGGACGCUGUAUAACAGUACGUCCACAGAACAAGGAGGUUGGAAGCCCUGGGAGCACAUCUACUCGCUGUGUAAGGUGGUGAAAAAUCAUGUGCCACUCUACAACAGCUAUGGGAAAUACUUGGUCAGGCUGUACUGGAUGGGUUGUUGGCGGAAGAUAACAGUAGAUGACUGCAUGCCAUUUGAUGAAGAAAAUAACCUUCUCCUCCCUGCCUCCACCUGUCAGUCAGAGCUGUGGCCAAUGUUGUUGGCCAAGGCUCUCAUUAAAGUGGCCAACACAAGUGUUGAGUCAGAGGUCUGUGGGGAGAUUGGUGAGUUCACCUUUAUCCACACCCUCACUGGCUGGAUCCCGGAAAUCAGGCCUGUAAAAUCUGUAUACCUGGGAAGAAUCUGGGAUUUCUUACAAGAUACCAUUCCUAUAUUUACACACCCGGAUGAGAGCUUGCCAGAGACAAAGCCUCAGACUGCAGAUCCAACUGCAGGAAGAGAUUCCAGCCUGAAUGACAGCAAGAGCCAGCUGCCAGAGCCAGAAAAAAGUACCCCCGAGAUAGUGGUUUGUGCCAGCUACUAUCCUUUUCAGCCGCAUAACAAUUCCUUUGAGUUUGGCCAAAUGGCUAAUUCCUCAGAGUUCUUGCGUCGGUACAGCCUCUCCUUGAUGUAUAGCCACAUUGCCCUGUUGACCAGAACCCGGGCAUGCCGGCUGGAAGCGCCACCCCAACCACUACCUGUGCCCCGAUGGAAACUCAUCCGCCAGCGCAAGAAGAUUGUGGUCACUGAUGAACCACAGAAGCUACCUUUGUCAAAACCAGAGCAGUUCAUUGAGGUUGCCAGCCCUUUUCUGUCCUACUGUGUCAAGAGCAGAGUUGGCUCAGUCCCAGAGCUAGAGGCCAAGCAGAGUGCUCAGAGGAAGCGUUCCUACGGAUCCCCUCUGGUGUCCAUUGCUGAGAGAGAGGAGACUGAAUGCAGAGAAGGCCUCGAGCUUGAUGCAGCUGAAACCACAGCUAGCUCACCAAACAGCACUGACAAAAUAGAGGUUACUGCAGAGGACAGGAAGAAGGACGUUGAUGAAAUCUGCAGUGAUCAGCCCAAAACUGCAACAAGGGAGCCUGGAACUAAGGAACUUUCAGCUCCGGUCAAACCCAUCCUGCAGGAGACCUGGAUGGACCUGGAUGACUUUGCUAAAUGCUUUCAGACUCUGUUGGUGUUCCAUAAAUCACAUAUCUACCCACAUCAUGUCAAAAAAUCUCAUUUUAAGAGCACAGUCUUGGCCAAGACUGCAACAGGUAGCCACUGCACUGGGUCAUCUACACAUUCUCUUACCACCGGAUCCCUCCCUGUGACAGCUGCUGUAGCAAGCCCCGAAUGUCCAGAGGUGAGAGGCACUCACUACUUGUGUGUGGACAGCCUGCAGCCUUCCCAGAUCCUUAUCAGCUUCUCUACUCUGCUUCUCUGGGGAGAUACAGCUGAAGAGAAAAAGGAAAUGUCAGCAGCGUGUAGGUCUGCAGUUCUUAUCGCCCAGCCACACUCCUGGAAGAGUCUGCAGUCUCAGCUGCCUGUUCUCACUAUCAAGACCACCUCCUCCAAGGCAGCCAUGCUUAACUUACCUCCAGGGCGCCAUGUGUUGUCCUUCCACACAAAGGCAGCACUGGGCUACCACGUCCACCUGUGCAGCAAGACACCUUUCAUCUUUGGGGAUGAAGAAACCAUAAUGUCACAACUUACUAAGGAAAGUGCUCGAUUCACUGAGCAGGCUUCAUCCAUCUGGGGAGCCUUGUCCAGAGUGGUGUCUUCCUUUAGUGAUGAGCAGGACCAGCCAGCAGCCAGAAGAACACUAGAAGAGGCUCAUUGUCCCCAAAACAUAAACACCACCCUCGGAAAAUGGGAACACCUUCAGGUGUUUAAUGCUGCAGUUUACCACACACUAUGUGAGGCUCUGGGCAGGAAGCUGACAGCAGAGGAGCGGUUUGCUGUACUGGCCCUCACUGCUGACCCUUCACUCCUGGACACUGGCUGCAAAGAAGACUCCCCUGCAUACGCAGAGUCUGAACCUCCAGAAAACUGGAGAGACAGGCAGCCGUCAGACAGGGAGGUCAAGGCAGUCACUGUUCUGCAGGCUGGAUUCAAAGGGCACUUGGCAAGAGAAAUCCUUAAUGCCUCAAAACCCGGCACGAAGGAGAAUCUCAGUGCAUCUAAGAUCCUUUACGACAUGUGGCCGAAGAUCGAAUCAGAUGCAGACAAACAUGCUGUCUUUUUGCUACGGUAUAUCAUUGACCGCUCUGAGGGGAAAGGGGAGCUCUACCCCUGUCAGCAGGAUGAAUGGACCAAAAUCACCUUCGCUGAUUACUCUGUCUCUCUUCAAGACACAGCCAGCUCCUGGGUCUUGGUCUUUAGAGAGGUGUUCCUAGUUCCUAAGAAGAUGCUGCUGGUACCAAAGGUCUAUUACCCAGUCCCUAAUUGUCUGCUGCACGUGAUAAAUAAUGACACAGGAGAGGAGCUGGACAUGGUCUUCAACAAACUAUCAGCCCAUGUCUAUCAACCCAACAAGCUUGGAUACACCUUUGUAGCAGAGGCUGUCACACCUGAAUCACCCCCUGUUGGUGCCAAGUGGAGGAUGCGCUUGAUCGGCUCAAGGGAACCCCUUCCAAAGCGGUCCCUCGAGGCACCGCUCAACACAUUUUCAGUGAAGGAAUUCAGGGACUAUUACAUCCCCAAUGACAAAAACCUCAUAUGCCGUUACUCAGUGCAGGUAACAACAGAUGUCCUAGGAACAAUUCAGUUUCAGACUUCCAAGCCGGAUGUAUUGAUACAUCUGUCCAUUCUGGACCAAGACAAAGAGGUGGCUGGCAACACUGGGAAAGGCCAUGUGGUAAUUCCUGUGUUCUGCUUCCUGGCCAACAAAGAUGAGAAGAACCAGAACCAGAAAGGAUGCCCCUCCCAGGACAAGGGAGUCAAAGUGGCAGACACUCCCCUACAAAAACCUGGGAAAUCAGACUCCUCGUCUGACCGGCACCAGCCUCCCACAGAGACUACGAUAUCAACUGGUCAUAAGUAUGUGGUGCAGGCAGAGGUGCUUUAUAAGAGCUGGGAUUUGGAUGAAUCUCAGUUGGCUUUUGUCCAUAUGCUCAGAGACUUGGAGAAGAAUAAAAUGAAAGUAUACAAGCUCGAGGACUUGAAGCGUUCAUCCACCACUGACACGCUGAGCCACGAUGGGCACAAGUCUGACACACCCAAAACCAACCUCAAAGUCGAAGGCGACAAGGAGAAGGGGAAGCCAGCUGCCAUUUCCAAAUCUGGCUUCAGGCAGGAAACGAGCUUUGACGUGACUAAGCCGCACUGGACACUGCGUGUGGUCGGUGACAAGAGUAAAGCAGCAAGCAUUGAGGUGAAGAAGGACACAGAGAGAGUGGACCAGAUUAAAUCCAUUAAAAAACUCUGGGAAAUGGUUGAGCCAGGCCGCUGUGCCAAGGCUUUACAGUCUCGUCUCCGGUUUCUAAACCAAGUCCAACAUCCAGCCAGUGAUGAAGCUCCUACACAUGAUGCAGAAAACAGAGAGCCUGCUGCUUCCAGAUCUGGUCCUGAUACAUCUCUCAGCCCAUCCAGUCGAACGUUAACCGAUACCUCCUCCACCUGUCCCCACAUGGACUACACGCCCUUCAUCAGGCGCCGAAAGGAUUUUCCAGUGCUGAUGGAUUCACAGAUGGAGGAGAGCCAGCAGAGGGAGCGCUUAGAAAAGAUCCAGACCUACCGUUUGGUCCGAGACAACGUGCUGGAACACCAGAAACAGCAGGAACUCAACAGGAAGGAGCUAAUAAGAUGCCAGCUGGAGAUGUAUGAGAAUAUGCAGGCAGCCUUGAAGCAGUGCUGUAAGAAAUUUCUCGAUGCUUGUGAGGCGUUUAGUAGCCGUCAGAUGGCGGCCGUGAAAAGGGAACAAGAAGAGAAGCAAGCUCUGGAGGAGGCCCAGCAGGCAGUUCUAGAAAAAACAACCCCCACCUCUGCUGCCACCCAGCAACCCAACAAACGUGCCAAGAGUGCUGGCAAGAAGAAAUGAUGGUCAUUGGCACCAACUUCCAGUCUCAGUUCUCCUCUCAGACACCUCUCAACAAGUCUGUUUGAACACCGAACGAUCUGCAUUUAAUCACAACCCUGUAGCUUGAUGAAACAACACCUGACCAAAAGAUUUUAAUUCAAAGCUGCAAAUGCUAUGGUUGAAAAUGAAACUAGGGAGUCUAAAAAGUUAGUUUGUUAAUGUUUGUAAAGUUCUUUUUCAGUUCUUACAAACAAUGUUCAUAAUUUCACAAUAUUUAUACUGUAUUCCAUACCAUAUUUAAUCACAUUCUUAAA